UACAUACAUUGUCGAAAAAAGCAAAAUGAAUAUGCCAUACCCAUCUUCCAAGUGGUGCGUGUAAAAAGAGAAGAACAAAAGAGGUUCAAAGACCUGACAAUGGAAAUUUUACAGCGACUGGAUUAUAAAUUUCCUAAAAAACUGAGCUGACAUCAUCAGGCAUAAUGGGGCGUUAGCAUAUUUCCCAAAGGUUUCAGGUCUAUUUUCCAUUUAGAUUUUCAAAGGCUCAAUUCUUUCUUGAGAUUGAAUUCGAUUAAAUUCAAUAAAUUUCUUAUUAUUUUUGUGUUUAUACCGUAGUCCCCUUGUGGUACAGGGUACAUUAAUUUAGUGCGAACGUAUGUAACACGUCGAAGGGCUGAAGGUAGACCUAGCUUUUAUUAUUCCGAUCGAUUGAAAUGUCUGUCCAUGUAAAAAUGUGUUCAAGCUACAGGUCGCAAUUUUUGAGAUAUUUUGAUGCCACUUGGUACAGUGUCGUAUUUUGACCUAAGGACGAACGGUAUUAAAAAAGGAUCGGAUAUAAUUUUUCUGUUAUAUAAGAAAAAGUGCCGUUUAAGGUAUUUAAUGGUCGGCUUGUCCGACUAUAAUGUUCUUACUCGUUUUUUCUUGCUUUAGACAAACCUAUAUUAAAGCGUUUCAUCGAUGUCGUCAAUGAUGACCUUGAGAAGGCGAAACGUUUAUUACAACGUGAUCCCUUGGAUAACGGUUCGGAGCAGUGUUUCAAAUUAUGGAUAUCAUACCGUUACCCGGUUUAACAAAAGAUAAUUGCUCUGUGGUAUUUCACCGCUCUCGAGAUUCUAAUAUCGACAAGUUCAACUUUAUAGACAGUGCCAAGUGUUUAGUCAUGACCAGCGUUUCAUUUGCGACGAUGAAGGAAUAUCUGAGGGUGAUAUACCAGCUUUCGAUAUGUACGAAUGUACUCGGGGUCAUGUGGCUAACAUGUCAUGGCGCGAUCUCCGUAUAAUAACAGCACUCACACA